AUGGACAAGAUUAAUAAAGUACCUUCGAAAAACACAACUGUGGAUUCAAUUAUCGAGAAGAUAAAAGACGAGAUAAGUAAGAAUUCUGACGAAGAUUUAGGUAAGACUCGAAAACUGACUAUGUUAUCAACAGUUAAAAAUGAUUCCGUUAAUGAAUCUACUAAUGACAUAGACAGGCAAAUAUCUGACUUGGAGAAUAUUAUAAAAAAAUUACAAAAUGAAAUUGUUGAGAUGUCUAAUAAAUCAGAGAAAAGUAAAGACUAUAUUUCGCCUGAUACCGAAGAAAAAUCACAUAAUUUAGAUAGAGAUAUUAUUGAAGAUAACCUUGAUAGUCCCAGCCGUAUAUUUCCUGUGGUAGUAAAUGAUAGUAAAGUACAAUUUACAGAAGAAACCGAAGAAUCCAGAAAAUUUGACAAAACAAUAAAGGAUCUUUUAAAUCGGACUAGUUAUAAUAAUGCAUCGGGUCCAGUUUCAGAGUCGUUUUCAGUAACUAGAAAGAAUUUUUCGCAAAUAUUUCAAGACAAAACUAAAGAAUCAGAAUCGGUCGUCGAUGAAAAAUUAGCAAGUGAAGAUAAUAUUAGUGUCUUAAUCAAUGAAUUAAAAGCUGAGAUAUCAGAAAAGAUGGAAGAAUUAAAAGAUGUCGACACCGGUCAGCCUUUGAAUAGUUCUAAAGAAGAUAUGCAAUGA